AUGUUGGUCAGUGUCGUGAUAAUUUCUGUCGCUUUAGUCGUAUUUAUAUUUAAAUAUGUCUUCAGCGGCUCCGGGCCCAACCCCUUUGAGACGGACACUCGCGAGCCGUUGAAGAAGAUGGUUCACGACAGGAAAGAGAAAAAUAAAGUGCUGAAGCAAGGUUUUGUGGCCAGUAAAGUACCUGAAAACCUGGAUGCCAUCAUCAUCGGCAGUGGGAUCGGCGGCCUUGGCCUUGCGGUGCUCCUGGCCAAAGUUGGAAAGAAAGUCCUGGUUCUGGAGCAGCACGAUCGAGCUGGAGGAUGCUGCCACACGUUCACUGAGAAGGGCUUUGAGUUUGAUGUUGGAAUCCACUACAUCGGUGACCUGCUGGAUCACAAGCCAUUCCGCUGCAUGCUGGACCAAAUAACUAAUGGACAGCUGCAGUGGGAGCCUCUGGAAAAUCCAUUCGACCAAGUAGUUCUGGGACCUCCAGAAAACCGCCGCCAGUAUCCCAUCUACAGCGGCAGGACACGCUUCCCUGAGGAGCUGAAGAAGUGCUUCCCUGGAGAGGAGAAGGCCAUCGAUGAGUACAUGAGGCUGGUCAAGAAAGUUGGUCGGGGCAUUUGGCUCCUCGCUCUGCUGAAGACCUGUCCCGUCCCAUUGGCCAAGUUCCUGGUCUACACCGGCCUGGCCAAACGCCUGUCCUUUUUCUUUGAAAUGGCACCUCGCAGCCUGACAGAAGUGGUUAACGAACUGACGGAGAACAAGGACCUCAGGGCUGUUUUCACCUAUAUCUUUGGCACCUACGGUAACAUGCCGAAAGAUUCCAGUUUUUCCAUGCACAGCUUGCUGGUCACGCACUACCUCAACGGUGCAUGGUAUCCGAAAGGUGGAGCCACUGAAAUCGCCUACCACAUGAUCCCCAUCAUUGAGAAGGCUGGUGGUGCUGUUCUAGUCCGAGCCCCAGUCAACCGCAUUCUCUUCAAUGAUGCCAAGGAAGCUUAUGGUGUGAGCGUCAUGAAAGGCCAAGAGGAGGUCCAUAUUCGUGCCCCUAUGGUCAUCUCUAAUGCUGGUAUCUUCAACACCUACCAGAAGCUGCUGCCCAAAGAGCUCCAGGCCAUGCCAGCUAUCCAGGAGCAGCUGGGUAUGAUGAAGAACGGUGAAGGUGGCCUGAGUGUUUUUGUGGGUCUGAAUGGAACCAAGGAGGAGCUGGGCCUGAAAGCAGACAACUACUGGAUCUUUGCCGAGAACAAUUUUGAUGAACUGGUGGAGAAGUAUUUGAAUGGAAAAAGAGAAGACUCUGCCAGAAACAUACCUCUCCUGUUUGUUGCGUCUCCAUCUGCUAAAGAUCCGACCUGGGAGGAAAGAUCACCAGGGAAGUCCACCGUGAGUCUGGUCAGUUUUGCCAACUACAAGUGGUUUGAGGAGUGGAAGGACGGCAAAGUGACAAACAGAGGGCCUGACUACAAAGAGCUGAAACAGACAUUCAUUGACACUAUCCUGGAGGUGGUUAUGGACGUCUUCCCUAAGAUAACCAGAGACAAGAUUGAGUAUGUUGAUGCUGGCACCCCGAUCACAAACACGCACUAUAUCGGAGCCCCCAAAGGUGAAAUCUACGGAGCGGAUCAUGGCAUCGCCCGAUUCAGCCCGAAACUCAAUGCAACAGUGAGACCUCAGACUCCACUGAAGAACCUCUACCUGACAGGUCAGGAUGUGUUCAUGUGUGGCUUCGCUGGUGCUCUCGCUGGAGCUCUCACCUGUGGUUCGGUCAUUCUCAACCGCAACCUCCACCUGGAUGCCAUCGCCUUGGCAAAGAAGACUAAAUUAAUGAAUGACAAAUUGAAAGGAGAGUAACGGCUUGAAAACAUUCAGCUGAGCGACCGUCAGUGGUGGGAAGGUUACUUUGGAAGUGUAGUAAGCUACAGAUUACCAGUUAACCUGUGAAAAAUGUAAUAAGUAAUGUAAUUAUUAUAAUUACAUCAUCAAAGUCAUGUAACUUAUUACACUGGAUUACUUUUGAUCACUUGUCAAAAGUCCAGAAAUAGGCUAUAACAGAAGACAGCAUUUGUGCAUUGCGAAAAACAGAGUGAACGUUUUAUUCUAAAAAGGUAAUAUUCAGAUGUAGCCUUUUUGUAAUCAUCAACAUUUUGAUUAGUAAAUGUAAUUUAAUUACAUGUUUUUUCUCAGUAACAGUGACUGAUUACAAGACAUUUAUUUUGUAAUUUCUUUACAAACCUAUGUAACUAGUUUCUCCUCAGCACUUGAUUGUUAUACACUGUGAUAGAUGAGUAGUAAAGGGAAUGUCUCACUCACUAAAAUCCCUUUGUAAGGGGGUUCACAGCACACAAGAGCAGAGAACCACAUUUCAUCAUACAAAUACAAACAGGAAGGUGCCUUUUGGCCACAAACUAGCUCCAUUAAGCAGUGCCUAUGCUUUAAAACAUGCGUACUUACUUUAGUUCACAUUGAAUACCUCGGUUUUGUUUCAGAAGUCACUUACCAAAGCUAACAUGACCUCAGUUGUCGAUGCAAAUACCUUUUAAAACCCAAAUAUGCAGUUUGCUGCGUACAUUUUUACUAUUAACUCCUUGCCUGAGUUGUGUUUGGUUUUCAGAUUGUAACAUAUUUACAAAUGUCACUCCAUUUUAAUAUUAAAGGGUACAAACAAUGAA